CUCCCACUUAGUUUAUCGCCAUUAGCUUCGUUCUCUACGAGAUUUGAUCAAAAUUUUUACAGAACUUUGUGCUUAGUACAUUUAUCCUAUAAUCAUAGGUAUUUAUAAUUAAAUGAAAAAAAGUGGAAUGGAUAUUCAUAAACUGUCAGAGCAUAAUAUGGAAUGCCCAUUCACCUGGAUAUCGGACCAAAAAUACCAAAAAUAUGUUAAGGACUUCUGUGAAAAAGAAUUUCUGUUGACUGAUUGUGAAGAAUCACCUAUCACUUACUUCAUUCAGAUGAACACACUUGCAUACAUUCGUUGUAAGCAAAAUAAAUUUGAUUCUGCUGAAGAAUUAAUUAGUGAAAUUUAUGAUGUCUGGAUAAAAAUUUGUGAAAGUGUUUCAGAACAAAAUAAUUAUUCGGUUGAUGUAUUAAUACACAUAAAAGAUGCAACAGCUUUAUGCAUUUACAAAAUGAAUGGGAAAAAAGACCAAGCAAAAGCAUUAGAAAUCCAAAUAAAAGAUGCCAAGAAUUUCAAUUCUAAUAUAGAGAAAGGAACAAUAUUUGGAUCUAAGGCGAUAGCUUUAUGUGUAUUUGUGGACAAAAAUAAUGAUACAGCCUUGCAAUCAGCUAAUUUGGCUAUUACAAACUCUCCCAACUGUGCAUUGUGGCACUAUAUAAGAGCCUAUUGCCUUAGAACAGAAAGACGUCAAAAAAAUUCUUGCUCAAUUGUUUCUGAAGAAGAAAAACAAGAAUUCUUAAAAUGUUAUGAAUUAUCACCAUCUGAUCAUUACAAAAUUUGCAUUGCCAGAAUGUAUAAGGAAUGUAAAAAUAAAGAUCUAAAGAGAAAAUCCAAAGAUAUGUACAAUGAUAUGUACAAAGAUAUGUUAAAAAAUCCAAAAAACUCAAAAGUUACAUCAAUUCUUGCCUUGCACUUCAUCGGCCAAAGAGAUCGUAUCAAAGCUAAAAGUUGUUUAGAUAAUGUUAAAAAGUGUAUACAUUCAGACAAAACCUAUAAGGCUUACCACCAUUAUCUGGGCAAAUAUUAUGAAACUUUUCAUGAUUACCCGAAAGCUAAAGAAAACUAUUUGGCAGCUACUGGUGAAAUGGGCAAUUUCCAUGCUGAUUCAGAUUACCUUUAUCUUAUUAGAAAGACUUCAAAAUCAAAAGAUGAUGAUGAUAAAGUUAUCAAUCACCUUGAAAAAAUGUUGGAAAGAUAUGAAGACGACAAAAGUCGUAGAUUAUUUAUAUUAUUAAAUUUAGCUAUAAUGUAUUUGUUUAAAAACAAAAAUCUAAUGCUAGCAGCAGAGAAUUUUUUGAAGGCAUUAGAGAUAGAGGCAAUAGAGAUAAAACACUUUGAGAAUUUCAGGAUGUCUUUCAAAGAUAAGGAAAAACAUAAUAUUUUUGAUUUAAUUAGUAAUAUCCUGACAGCUGUUAAUCAAAAUAAUAAUGAAAAUACCUUUAAAAAGUUGAAAAAUUAUUGUAUUGGAUACAAUAAAAGAAUAGAAAGGAGCAAUGAUGCAAAUUUAUUAAAAACUAAGUUUACUGAAGUACUGUUACUUGAAAAAUAACAAAAUUAUUAGGGUGAAAAUCAACACUUAAAACUGAUUAAUAAUUAUA